AACAACAUUUGGAAGUUACUAUGUGUCUUUAACUGUUUCAUCUUGGACAGAAAAGGACAGCAUUUGCUCAGUUGCCGUACCUCCAAUACUGUAUACAUCUGCUGGAAUCACAGUUGAUAUUAAUGAGACUUCUAUAGACAGGGACGGAGCCUGGGUGGGAUAUGUUCAAACUCUUACUGCUUUUGAUUAUAUAGGAUGUCUAAAGAAUGUCACUGUUCAUAGUUCCGGUAUGAUCCUGUCCCAGACAAGCAGAAUUGGUAGUCCUGGACAAUGCUUCGAUGCAUGGUUUUGGAUCAUUCAUCGGAAUUUCUGAAAAUGAGUGUUUGUGCUUAAAAGAAGGUCGUACUUUGAACAGUCUGCGAUCAAACUAUACGGAGUGCACCGCAGAUUGUGAUCAUCAACCAGGAGUUACAUGUGGAGGACUAACAGAAAAUGGAACUCGUUAUAUACCGGUAUAUAAUUUGAAUCCUAAAGUGACAAACCAUACCGAUAACAGUGAAACAGAAAUGUCCUGUCUAGAACUUGAACCGGUCAAACAGCAAUUUAUAUGGGAAAACUGUUCAACAAAUCUUCUCGUUGUGUGUGGUUUUUACGAGAAAUAUAUGCAAACAUCUUCAAACGGAGAGAAUAGAACCUGGAUUAGGAAUGCAAACAAAUGUUUUUCUCAUGGAGGCUUUCCGAUUCGUUUCCGAAACUACAGUGAUGCUGAAUUUGGUCUUGUAUCCAUGACUCAAAUGUGGACCAAUGUACUCAGAAGUGCUGUUAUCAGUUCUGAAAAGCAAAGCAUUAAACUAAAAGCGUUAGGUGAUGUCAGAAUGCGUUAUGGAUUUGUACGGAAGCAAAAUGAGUACAUAGUACUUGACUUUGCCAUAAACAAUUUUGAGCGUAAAAGAGUUGUCUGUGACAGUGACGAAGAUCAAGACAAAUCCCAAGAAAAUCAAAGUAAAUCUUCAUUUUCAGAUAUCAUUGUGCCUGUAGGUGUUUCUUCUGCUGCGGUUUUGGUGACUGCUGCAGUUGUGAUUUUCUUUGUUUUUCACAGGCGGAGGGGGACAGCUAUAGCACUAUGCAGACGUAAGAACGUGAGGAAGAGCUCGGGUCAUGAUCAUUCUUAUAGUCAGACAUUUGAACCUUCUGGACGACUUGAAACCGACAAUCAUGCAUACGAUAGCAUUGACGAAAUAGUUCGUCAUAAAGAGUCCGAACAGAAUGCUGCAAACGAAACAAGUAAUAGCAAUUACAUACACAAUUACUUUGUGCUGGAGAAACGCGAAAAGGAAUCUAAAGUUUCAGCAUAUGACACAACUAGGUCUGAUCAAGAAAAUUCUUCCGCAAAAGGUACCAAUGUCUAUAACAGGUUAAACUCUGACAAAACAUAUGGCCAUGUGUUUACAGCGAAACGUAAUGUGAUGACUACCUACGAUAACCCAUAUAACACAACAGAGAAAGCUGCUGUACGGCAUUCAUCUAAGAGUAUCAGUGAUAAACAAGCAAAUGACAACAGCAUGAAGGAUGAAGAUAGCUCAAUUGUACAGAGAGCGAGUCGGAAAAUACUUUGGCAGUACCAGUUGUUAUUCAACGAAAUUUUCUGCCUGAAUAGCAAUCUUGGUCUGUACUGCCUGCAAAAGCAGAAGCAUUUGCCGCCAGCAGGCUAAAGGUUGUUUAAAGCAUGUAUUAAGCGAAAUGAUAAGUUUGAAUAUGAAAGAAUGUAUAUUUCUGCAUCUUGAAAUGUGUUAUCGCUCUAAAAUAGAACCUUCAACCGAAAUUAAAUGGCAUACUUACGAACAACAGACACUCAAACUUAUCCAGAUGAAGCCGCAGAAAAUGUAGAUGUUGCAAAGUAGUUGAUUGAUAGGCUAUGAGUUAUGUGUAAAUCUAGUUCAGAAAUACAACUGAUAGCUCACCAGUAUAUACAACAAUAAAAAU